ACGAGUUUCCUGACCCAUGGAAAGUACUCAAGAGGAAGCGAGUAAUGCUUGAACGCUGACGCAAAAACAAAAUUAAAAAGACCAAAAUUUGGAAAAUUGCGUUUCAUGGAGGGAAAUAAAUGCAAACUAUUUAUUGUUUUGCUGUGUUAGAGCUUCAGGGCGCUUACUUCGACACGCAGCUCGGCAGAGCAUUCCAAGGGUAGAACUGCUUUUUCCUGAUGUCUGCUGAAGCUUCUGAUGGGAACGUGGUGCCGGAGACCAGUCAUGCCCCUCCAACCCCCAGCCAUGGCGUAGAGAAGAAGGUAGGACCAGGUCUGGCUGGCAGUAAGUAUGUGAAGCUGAACGUUGGUGGAUCCCUGCAUUACACCACAGUCCAGACCCUCAGCAAAGAGGACAGCCUUCUCAGAAGGAUAUGUGACGGCAGUAUGGAGGUGACCAUCGAUUUAGAGGGCUGGGUCGUGUUGGACAGGUGUGGACGUCAUUUCCCUGUGGUGUUGAACUUCCUACGCGAUGGCACAGUGCCACUUCCUGAGAGCCAGAGGGAGCUGGAAGAGGUACUGAAGGAGGCACAGUACUACAGAGUGCAGGGUCUCAUCCAGCACUGCCUUUCCACACUGCAGAAACGCAGUGAGAUCUAUGAGGGAGGCUGUCGCAUCCCCAUGAUCACCUCUGCCAAGGAGGAGCAGCAGAUGAUCGCCACCUGCAAGAAGCCUGUGGUGAAGUUGCAGAAUAAUAGAGGGAACAAUAAAUAUUCCUAUACCAGCAACUCUGACGACAACUUGCUGAAGAACAUCGAGCUGUUCGAUAAACUGGGGCUCCGCUUCAACGGCAGAGUUCUUUUCAUUAAAGAUGUGCUCGGAGAUGAAAUCUGCUGCUGGUCCUUCUAUGGUGAAGGACGCAAGAUCGCAGAGGUUUGCUGUACCUCCAUCGUUUAUGCUACUGAGAAAAAACAGACCAAAGUUGAGUUCCCAGAAGCUCGCAUUUUUGAAGAAACCCUAAACAUACUGAUCUAUGAGAAUGGCCGGGGGUCAGGCCAUAGAGGCAUGGGUUUAUUGGACUCUGGUGGUGUGUCAUCUCCAGGGGUGGGUCAGUCAGAAGAAGAUGGGGCUGGUGCGGGGGGUGGAGACAGACGAGUGAGGAGGAUCCAUGUACGGAGACAUAUUAUGCAUGACGAGAGGGGGCACGGACAGCAGACUGUGUACAAGGACUAAUCAUAAGGAUGGAGGGGGAUUUUCUAAGCAUAUAGUAGUUAGAUGAGCCUAAUGGUACUAUGACAGGAAAAUUGUGAAUAAUUUAUAUGCAGGGACUCGUAAACGAGGAUGGAUGGGUGAGGGGGGGCAUGAUUGAACAGCGAUGGGAAUUGAUCUUGGGUACAGUAACACUGCACUAAGAAAUAAUCUCAAGAGCCACAGUGUGGUUUCUUUUUAUUUUAUUUUUUAUGAGGAUGAAUGGAUAUCAUUCUUAUUUUUUGCUUCGUUUUUAUUUAUUAAUCUGUUUUAUUUAUUGUCCACAAUUUUCAAUUAAAAAAAAAAGAAUACGCUUGAAAUAUGAUGUGCAAGAAUUGUGAAUGCGUAAUGGUAAACUGUGACGUUUGUCUGUGCGGAUGUGUGUGCGUGUGUAGGAUGAUAGCAGCAGAGCGGUAUUUACUUAUGCAUCAUACAUUAGUCAAGUAUGUUCCUGCUAGUUUGGGCGCCGUCCUGGAUGUUUCCUUCACUUUAAGUACCCCAACAUAAGUGUUUAAUGGCUUCUUUUAUAAACACUUCAGUGUUUUUAA